UUACAGUGACUUUGGGAGGUAGGAUGUGGAACAGGGGGAUCAAAGGGGCCCAUCUUACUGGUGAGGAGAUUGAGGCACUGAGAGGGGCCACGACUUGCCCAGGUCAUGCUGGGACAGAGGCAGCGCCAGGCCUGGACCCCGGCUCCCCCAAUUGCUGGCGUGGCCCUCCUCCUCCGUCGUGCUGACACUGGGCUGAAUUGCCUGUGCUCUGUGUCCCAGCUGUGGGGCAGACGAGCCGGAUGGAGGACACCCACCCAGAAGUCCUGGCAGCAGAUUCCCCGGGGACAGCCCAGCCCAGCCCCAGCUGCUCAGGGAACCCCAGAGGCACCAGGAGUCAAGAGAGCAGAGCCUCUCCCCAUGGCCUUGCCGGUGGCCCCUCCCUGGGCCUUGUCCCUCCUUGGGCUGACCCAUGUCUUGGGCCCCAGGUGGAUCAGCUCAAGCUCAAGGUGAGCCGGCUGGAGGAGGAGUGCACCCUAUUGCGGAGGGCCAGGGGGCCACUCCCCGGGUCCGAGGACAAGGAGAAGGACAAGGAGCCAGACGGCGUGGACCUGGUCUCGGAGCUGCGCGCGGAGAACCAGCGACUGACGGCGUCGCUCCAGGAGCUCCAGGAGGGUCUGCCGCAGGAGGCCAGCAGGCUGGGGGCCCCAGGCUCGGAGCGCAUCCUCCUGGACAUCCUGGAGCAUGACUGGCGGGAGGCACAGGACAGCAGGCAGGAGCUGUGUCAGAAGCUGCACGCCGUACAGGGGGAGCUGCAGUGGGCCGAGGAGCUGCGGGACAAGUACUUGCAGGAGAUGGAGGACCUGAGGCUGAAGCACCGCGCGCUGCAGAAGGACUGUGAUCUGUACAAGCACCGCAUGGCCACUGUCCUGGCCCAGCUGGAGGAAGUGGAGAAGGAGCGCGACCAGGCCAUCCAGAGCCGUGACCGGAUCCAGCUGCAGUACUCACAGAGCCUCAUCGAGAAGGACCAGUACCGCAAGCAGGUGCGGGGCCUGGAGGCCGAGCGCGACGAGCUGCUGACCGCGCUCACCAGCCUGGAGGGUGCCAAGGCCUUGCUGGAGGCGCAGCUGCAGCGGGUCCAGGGGGGCUCCUGCCUCAAGGCUUGUGCCUCUUCCCAUUCCCUGUGCUCCAACCUGAGCAGCACCUGGAGCCUCAGCGAGUUCCCCCCGCUGCUGGGAGGCCCGGAAGCAGCUGGGGAAGCAGCCGUCAUGGGGGGAUCUGAGCCCCACACCUCGGAGGAGGCCACAGAUAGCGAGAAGGAGAUCAAUCGGCUCUCCAUCCUGCCCUUCCCCCCGAGUGCUGGUUCCAUCCUCCGCCGGCAGCGUGAGGAGGACCCCGCACCCCCUAAGAGGUCCUUCAGCAGUAUGUCGGACAUCACAGGGAGUGUGACGCUUAAGCCCUGGUCUCCUGGUCUCUCCUCGUCCUCGUCCUCUGAUAGCGUGUGGCCUUUUGGGAAGUCGGAUGGCCUCCUGGCCAGAGGCUGUGGUCUGGAUCUCCUCAACAGGUCUCUGGCCAUCCGAGUGUCUUGCCGGAGCCCCCCGGGGGGGCCUGAGCCCCAGGACAAGGGCCCAGACGGCCUGUCAUUCCUUGGGGACAGCUGGUCUGGGGCCGUGGUGCGGAGGGUGCUCUCUGGGCCAGGGUCUGCCAGGGGGGAGCCGAGAGAGCCAAGGGCAGAGGCUGCUGGCCUGGAGGGGGCAGGCCUGGAAGGUGAGGCCCAGCAGAGAACCCUGCUCUGGAGCCAGGCGUCCACACUCCCCUUCCUGAUGGACUUCAAGGCCUGUCAGUCCUUCCACGAGGCCCUAGAUGCCUGGACAAAGGGGCUGAGCACUGAGCCCUUCUAUAUUCGAGCCAACCUCACCCUGCCCGAGCGUGCAGACCCUCAUGCCCUGUGUGUGAAAGCCCAGGAGAUCCUGCGGCUGGUGGACCCGGCAUACAAGCGGCGGCAGGAGUGGUUCUGCACACGGGUCGACCCCCUUACGCUGCGGGACCUGGACCGGGGCACUGUGCCCAAUUACCAGAGAGCCCAGCAGCUCCUAGAAGUUCAGGAGAAAGGUCUGCUCUCCAGCCGACACCGAGGGCCCCGAAGUAACCUGAAGAAGCGAGCCCUGGACCAACUCCGGCUGGUGAAGCCCAAGCACGUGGGAGGUUCUGCCGGAGAUUGUCCGGAGCAGCUGCUGAUGGAACCCUGCUCAGAGCCAGAGCGGAGCCUCAAACCCUACAGCCUGGUGCGGCCGCUGCUGGUGUCCGCCCUGCGGCCUGUGGUGCUUUUGCCUGAGUGCCUGGCGCCCCGGCUCAUCCGCAACCUGCUAGACCUGCCCAGCUCCCGGCUGGACUUCCAAGUGUGCCCGGCGGAAAGCCUCUCUGGGGAGGAACAGUGCUCGUCCUCAGCACCGGGAGCCCCCAAGGCCCAGCCUGCUGCCCCUGGGCUGGGCAGCAGGAUCCGCACCAUCCAGGAGUCUGUUGGGAAGAAGCACUGCCUGUUGGAGCUGGGCGCACGGGGCGUGCGGGAGCUGGUCCAGAACGAGAUCUACCCCAUUGUCAUCCACGUGGAGGUGACGGAGAAGAACGUCCGGGACGUCAGGGGUCUGCUGGGCCGGCCGGGCACCCGGGACUCGGAGCUGCUUCGGCAGUGCCGCAGCUCGGAGCAGGCGCUCUGGGAGCUGCCCUGCUCCUGGGUGCGGGUGCCGGCCCACGCGUGGGGCCACUCGGAGGAGCUAGCCAAGGUCGUGCGUGGCCGCAUCCUGCAGGAGCAGGCCCGCCUCGUGUGGGUGGAGCAGGGCAGCGGCAGCAGCAUCGGCGGGAGCAGCGAGGCCUGAGGGGCCUCUCCGGAUGCCCGCUGCCUCCUGGCCCGCUUCAGAAGCCGUCGGCGGCGGGGACCCCGGUGUCCGCGGUGGAGCUGGGGCCCUGGCCCAUCCCGAGCCCUCCUAGACCCUCGGACCCUCGCAUGCGGGCUCUCACCCGAGUGGAUCUGUGGAAGCCCUCAAGGCGGAGCCCCCCCGCCCCCCCCCCCCCCGUACUCGCUGCUCUGGGCCUCCCGAGUGCCCCUGUGUCCCCACGAUUCCACUCGCGGGCCCCACGCCCGCGUCCGCGUCCUCAGCCUAUCGCUCACCCGGAGCUUCCGAGCUCUCACUCUUUCGCACAGGUUUACACGCCCAGGUUCUCAACGCAGGCACCUGAGGACUCCUGGGUUCUCAGCCAGUUCUGCUCAAGGAGCCCCGAGCUCGUCCCGCGUGCCCCCGCCUGCCACCGGCCCCCCCCCCCCCGCCCCUCUCGCGUUUCUGCUGUGUACUUCCACGUGUGGGCGCUGCGGCGUCCCCGGCCCUCCGUGCCCCUCGCGUCUUCCCGUCACACGUGUGUCUGUGGUUCUCUCCCGUGUAAAUGCCCCACCCCACCCCGUGACACUUGGGCACUGACACUCCUGUGCUCCUGGGGAGCACACCGAGGACCGUGUUCUCACAGCGCCAGCUCCCUGCGGUGACUCACCUCUCAGAGGCACGGGUGGGGAGAAGGGCCGCUGCUCCGUCACCAGAAUGUAUGGCUCGUUGAGUUCUGAACGGGCCUUUUUCACUCAGAAGCUGCACGUGACGUAACAUUAAACGGUUUGUCAUAGAA